GCUUUCCCCCGGCCCCCCGGAGUGACAGUCGCGGCCCGGGGACCUGGAUGCGGGGCGCGCGGCGGGGAGCGGCAGGAUGGCGGUGCUCAAACUCACCGACCAGCCACCGCUGGUCCAAGCCAUCUUCAGUGGUGAUCCGGAGGAGAUUCGGAUGCUCAUUCACAAAACCGAAGAUGUUAAUGCCCUGGAUUCUGAAAAGCGAACCCCUCUUCAUGUGGCUGCAUUUCUGGGUGAUGCCGAGAUCAUUGAACUCCUGAUUCUGUCAGGAGCACGUGUUAAUGCCAAGGACAACAUGUGGCUGACCCCUCUGCACCGGGCCGUUGCAUCCAGAAGUGAAGAAGCAGUGCAAGUACUGAUUAAGCAUUCAGCUGAUGUCAACGCAAGGGACAAGAACUGGCAGACGCCGCUGCAUGUGGCAGCAGCCAAUAAGGCUGUCAAGUGUGCCGAAGUCAUUAUCCCCCUGUUGAGCAGUGUCAAUGUCUCAGACCGUGGCGGACGCACAGCCUUGCACCAUGCAGCUUUGAACGGCCACGUGGAGAUGGUCAAUUUGCUCUUGGCCAAAGGGGCCAACAUUAAUGCAUUUGACAAGAAGGACCGGCGUGCUCUGCACUGGGCAGCAUAUAUGGGCCACCUAGAUGUUGUGGCGUUGCUCAUAAACCAUGGUGCCGAAGUGACGUGUAAGGAUAAGAAGGGUUAUACCCCACUGCAUGCCGCAGCCUCCAACGGGCAAAUCAAUGUCGUCAAACAUCUCCUGAAUCUCGGUGUAGAGAUCGAUGAGAUCAAUGUCUAUGGAAACACGGCGCUCCACCUCGCGUGCUACAAUGGGCAGGAUGCUGUUGUUAAUGAGCUGACCGACUACGGUGCUAACGUGAACCAGCCCAACAACAGCGGAUUUACCCCUUUGCACUUUGCUGCGGCCUCCACACAUGGUGCUCUGUGUCUUGAACUCUUAGUAAAUAACGGGGCGGAUGUGAACAUCCAGAGUAAAGAUGGCAAAAGUCCACUGCACAUGACAGCUGUCCAUGGAAGGUUCACCCGGUCACAAACCCUCAUUCAAAAUGGUGGUGAAAUUGACUGUGUGGAUAAGGAUGGCAACACUCCUCUCCAUGUGGCAGCAAGAUAUGGUCAUGAGCUUUUGAUUAACACCUUAAUAACCAGCGGAGCUGACACAGCCAAGUGUGGAAUCCAUAGCAUGUUUCCCUUACAUUUAGCUGCCCUAAAUGCUCACUCUGACUGCUGCAGGAAGUUGCUGUCCUCAGGACAAAAGUAUAGCAUAGUGUCCUUGUUUAGUAACGAGCACGUGCUGUCUGCAGGCUUUGAAAUAGACACCCCAGAUAAAUUUGGAAGAACGUGCCUUCAUGCUGCUGCUGCAGGAGGUAAUGUGGAAUGUAUAAAACUCUUGCAGAGCAGCGGAGCGGAUUUCCAUAAAAAAGACAAAUGUGGGAGAACCCCUUUGCACUAUGCAGCUGCAAAUUGUCAUUUGCACUGUAUUGAGACAUUAGUGACCACAGGAGCCAACGUUAAUGAAACAGAUGACUGGGGACGGACAGCCUUGCACUAUGCCGCAGCCUCAGACAUGGACAGAAAUAAGACGAUCUUAGGAAAUGGCCAUGAACAUGCAGAAGAACUUGAUGGGACCAGAGAGCUGAAGGAAAAGGAAGCAGCUCGAUGUCUAGAGUUUCUACUUCAAAAUGAUGCAAAUCCAUCUAUCCGGGACAAGGAAGGUUACAAUAGCAUACAUUAUGCUGCUGCCUAUGGCCACAGGCAAUGUCUGGAAUUGCUUUUGGACAGAACCAACAGUGGUUUUGAAGAAUCAGAUUCCGGUGCUACCAAGAGUCCACUCCACUUAGCUGCCUACAAUGGGCACCACCAAGCCUUGGAAGUCCUUCUGCAGUCACUGGUGGACUUGGACAUCAGGGAUGAGAAAGGCCGCACUGCCCUUGAUCUGGCUGCCUUUAAAGGACACACAGAGUGUGUAGAAGCUCUUGUCAAUCAGGGCGCAUCUAUCUUCGUCAAAGACAACAUAACCAAAAGAACCCCACUUCAUGCCUCAGUGAUGAAUGGUCACACACUGUGCUUGCGACUGUUAUUAGAAAUCGCAGACAACCCAGAAGCCGUUGAUGUGAAAGAUGCCAAAGGACAAACCCCACUGAUGCUUGCUGUUGCUUAUGGGCACAUUGAUGCUGUUUCAUUGUUACUUGAAAAGGAAGCGAAUGUUGAUGCAGUUGACGUCAUGGGCUGCACAGCCUUACACAGGGGGAUUAUGACGGGACAUGAAGAAUGUGUGCAAAUGCUGCUGGAACAAGAAGUGUCCAUUCUCUGUAGAGAUUCCAGAGGGAGAACCCCUCUACACUAUGCAGCUGCCCGUGGCCAUGCCACAUGGUUGAGUGAGCUGCUCCAGAUUGCAAUGUCUGAAGAAGACUGUUCUUUCAAAGAUAACCAAGGCUAUACCCCACUGCACUGGGCUUGUUACAAUGGUAAUGAAAACUGCAUAGAGGUACUUUUGGAGCAAAAAUGUUUUCGCAAAUUUGUUGGCAAUCCCUUUACUCCCCUGCACUGUGCAAUAAUAAAUGAUCAUGAGAAUUGUGCAUCAAUGUUACUUGGGGCCAUAGAUUCGAGUAUUGUGAACUGUAGAGAUGACAAAGGCAGGACACCACUUCAUGCGGCAGCAUUCACUGACCACGUAGAGUGCUUACAGCUUCUUCUGAGACACAACGCUGCUGUGAACGUGGCUGACAAUUCAGGAAAAACAGCCCUGAUGAUGGCCGCUGAGAAUGGACAGGCAGGCGCUGUGGAUAUUUUGGUUAAUAGUGCCCAGGCUGAUCUGACUGUCAAGGACAAGGAUUUGAACACACCCUUACAUUUGGCCAGUAGUAAAGGUCAUGAAAAAUGUGCCUUGUUAAUACUUGACAAGAUACAAGAUGAGAGCCUUAUUAAUGCAAAAAAUAAUGCAUUGCAGACGCCCCUCCACGUUGCUGCACGCAAUGGCUUGAAGGCUGUGGUUGAAGAGUUGCUGGCCAAAGGCGCCUGUGUACUAGCUGUCGAUGAAAAUGGUAUUGGAAUUAGCAGCUCAUGCCUAUUUCUCAGAAGUCAUACCCCGGCCCUGGCUUGCGCUCCUAACAAAGACGUGGCUGACUGCCUGGCCCUCAUUUUGGCUACCAUGAUGCCUUUUUCUCCUUCCAAUACAAUGACGGCUGUCAACUUCGUUUGUUUUAAAAAAGAUCAUUUGAGCAGGACGACCCUCUCCAAUCUGGGUAGCAUGGUUAGUCUGUGCAGUAAUAAUGUAGGCUCGGAGGAUGGGUACAAUGAAAAUGAUUCUGAUUCGGAAACAUUUUGACUUUGGACUCUUGAAGCUUUUCUUUGAUCACUCAUAUUGGAAGAAGGGAUAGAAGCUUGAUUUCCGGGUUUUGAUUCUGUUCAAGUAUUAUUGGGAGCCUGAGCUCCCGAGAAAUAAUUCAUCAAACGGAGGGAGGGCAGCUUGGCUGUUCAGGCAAAGCACUCAUGCAGAUGGACACUGAUCUUGAGUUGUUUCAUAUUUCCAUAUAUCUAAGAUAGUUGGAAAAAUCUACCUCUCAUUUUAAGUAAGGAUUUUUUUAAUGCAUUUCGUUAUUUUUCUUUGGAAAUAAUGCAACUGAGAGGGAAGCAUUUCUUUUGAAGACUUUUUUUUUUCCCCCAUGGGCUCACUCAGCAGUGAGUUCUCAGAAGUUGUAUCAACAUGAUAUUCAUGUCCCCAGGAGGGAAGGGAAGGUUCGAGAGGAAAUGCCUCCAUUCUCUUCUUAUUCUGAUGUUUACUUCCUCAAUAGAAGCCAAAGGUAAAGGUGUUCAUCUUCAGAAAUUAUGUCUGGAAUCGUCUUUGUAAGGGAGUCCAAUUAUUCAUAAUUAUUCUCUAGUAAGCACUUAAAUAUCCAGAACUACUUUCUGAGGAUUUUUUUUUGUUCACAUUGCUGGAUAAAUGGAAAAAUUUCAUUGAAAAUCAAAAUUGUAAGUUGCUUUCCUUAACAUGUAGAUGGUACAUGUAGAUGGUACCAAAACGAACCUGGGGCUAAUUUUCUCCUGAAGGAUUUAACCCAAAUAAAUCUAUAGAAUGACAUUUCAAGUAAAGUAUAAAAGCACCAAAACUUGGGGACAUGUGCACAUUUAACACAAAACUACCCUUUCUUAAUCUGUCCUUAAAUCAAGAUACUAACUUUUUAAAAGCAUCAGACAUAUCAAUCUCCUUCAUCAAUUGUAAAAUGUUCAAUGAGCUUCUCAGUCAAGUUCAUGCCUAAUGAGUGGCCACAAAAGGGAACAGAGAACCUGAAAGCAGAAAGUAGAAAUAGGUGAUGUGGAAACUAAAGCCAGUUACUAAUUGCUCAUUGAUGAAAUCAACAUAGUGAAUAUUGUGUCUGCUCCCUCUGCCAAAGCUUCUAGGUCAAAUGGACUCCUUUCUGCACCUGGAAUAGCUGUACAAAAAGAAGAAUGAGACUGUAAGAGUUAUGAACAUGUACACACAAGUAUAUGUGCUUAUAUAUGUCUGUAGUUCAUCAACCAGCUAUACAUGAGGACCAAAUGCUUCAGUAUAAAAUGGAAGAUUGAAAUUGUUUUCCUUCAAAAUGGAAGUGGGAACUGAAGUAGCUUUUCUAUGGAGUUCAAAUGUAAAUCUUUCUGUGUAACAGUCUUUGUUGUAUUUUGUAUUUCUUAUAACUCAAAUUUCCAGUCGAUAGAUGAACAUUUGUAUCUGUAACGGGCUCUUCUUUAUAUGUACUUUUAUUGACCAUACUAGAGAAAAUGUGCAAAUAAUUUUGAUGGCAUACCAUUUGUAACUAUAACUGGUUUUUAUUCUUUUCUUUUCAUUUUUCUUUUUUGCCAAAUAUUUUUGCCAGAAAUAUUCAUAUAAUUUUAGUGUAAAUGGGUUUUAUUUAUUUGAAAAGAACUAAUGCCAAGGAAACAUCCAUUAUUUGUUCUCCGUUUUAACUGCUAUGUGUCUUACUUGGAAUAACAAAAAAGCAGAAUACAUACACAGGUCACUUCCUGGGCUAACCUGUGGUCCUGUGGUCCCCUUUCAUUACCAAUGCUAAUGUUUCCAGCCAAACUGCAGGUUCUUCCAGGAAUCAGUUGGAGAGGGGGACUUCCUUCACUCAGUCUCAGUAUGUAGCCCUUAUAGAACUUAGAAGACCCUGCAUUUUGAUUCUCCUUUGCAAAAUAAAAAUUGGAGGGUGUAGUGAGACAGAGGCACCAAGGUGACCCUAAAGAAGAUACAUAAAUCAUCCUAAAUACAUUGUAAAUCUUACAAGAUUUAAUCUUACAUUAAGUCUUAAUUUAAUGGAGAAUUGUUAGUGCAUGGACAUAUGUGACAAGAGGAGAAAUGUAAAUUACCAGGUCAAGUCUAUGUCCCUUUGAGGAAGAGAAGAAAACUGUAGUAUUUGGAUAGUUCCUUCAUGACA